UAUCUCAUGUGAUCAGAACAGCAGUAAAUUCAUAGAAGAAGAAGUAGGGGCCACUGCAUCCAUAUUUAUUCCUACAUCCCAAUAUAAUCCUUCGCAACCGGAACCGUUUUCCAAUAGCCAAGGACCCCUAGCUUCCACUUCUCAGUACCAUCCUCUCUACUAUUCUUCCUCUCUAUCUUUCUCUCUCUCUCUGCUCCUUUUCCACUGAAAAAGAUGAUGAACACAUCGCACAACACCGAAACCUAUGCUGCCUCACCUUUCAUGUCCUUUGUAGGGAUAGAAGGCAGCGGCAGUACUCAUGCAAGCCAAAAGCAGCAACUUUGGGACUGGGACUCCUCUAAUACCUUCUCCUCCACCACCCACAGCCUCCCUUUCUACACUACUCACACCAUUCCUACGCUAUUAGAUGCCCCACCUCCUUCCCUCUUCACCAUCAACAACCCCUUACCCUUCUACUUCCCUCCCCCACCGCCACCUCCUCCUCCACCAUCAGCCAACAUCAUCCCCGACUACCCUCGCGCCUCCGGUUUCUUCAAGCUUGAGGAUGGUCUCACUGCCGGAGGCUAUGGCGGGCUGGCUGGCGCUCGCAUCGGCCUCAACCUCGGCCAUCGAACUUACUUCUCCUCCGUCGAUCAUCAGCUGAUGUUAUUCGGAAGGUCGGCGCACCACCAGCCGCCACGGUGUCAAGCCGAGGGCUGUCGUGCCGACCUCUCUGGUGCAAAGCACUACCACCGUAGGCAUAAGGUGUGUGAUUUCCAUUCCAAGGCCCCAGUCGUUUUCUUCCCUGGCGGGCUGCAACAAAGGUUCUGCCAGCAGUGUAGCAGAUUCCAUGGCCUAGCUGAAUUUGACGACACCAAGCGUAGCUGUCGAAAGCGCUUAGCUGAGCACAAUCGCCGCCGGAGGAAGCCACAAGCCCAACCCCCGGCGAAGGGUGGCUCAUCUUCAUCAGUAGCUCCAACUAUCAAAGCUAAAGAAGAAAACAAAGUAACAUCAGGAACAAAAACCAGCAAGCAACUCUCGAGUAUUAUCAAACCCAACAACACCAUACCACCUAUUCUGAGCAGCAGCAACAUUAGCUUAGAAGGGCAGCAGAAGAAAGCACUGACUCCAUUUACUAGUGGCUCAGCUCUAUCGCUCGGGGGAAUUGGCGGUUCCACGACUCAUGAGCAACAAAGAGUCUCUACUUUUAUGUCAGCAGAAGAGAAAGCUUCUCAAUAUCAACAACAAUUCCAAGGUCACUUCGCAUCUCCUUGCUCAUCUUCCAACACUUUCUUCCCUCACCAAAACUUCUUCAAUGAGGGAACUCAUUCAGGCGGAGGAUCAGAGAUGGCUCAUCACAAUCAGAGCAGCAUUCUUCAGCUCGGGCAGGCUAUGUUCGAAUGGGACUUUAUUUGAAGCUUUAGUAGCAGAAUAUCUUCUAUAUAUUGCUCUUUCAUAAAUGUUUUACUCAUGAAUAAAAUUCAGUUCCAUUUUCAAUAAUUCAUGAUGUAUGUCAGUGUGAGUUCCUUAAUUACCUUUUGCUCCCAUUUUAUCAUAAGCCUUGUACACGUUAACUGACAGUUCGUAGUCUCUAUAAAUAUGGUGCAUUUAGUGAUAGAGAGGCAUGCAGGGCAUUGUUAUUAAUGGGACCUUUCAUGCCCACAUGUAUCCCGUUUGUUUUUUUAGGUGUGACCAUAUCAGCACCAAUGCACCG